AUGAUGGCCUCCUCAUUGUCAAAGUGUCAUCUCCUGUACUUCUGUGAAGAGCAAGACUUCCCACAGCAAAAUAUCACUGGUGAUGAGACCUGGGUCUUCAGCUGGGACCCAGAGCUCAAGUGGCAAUCGGUGGAGUGGCUCAGCAGCAACUUAUCAUAUUCUCAGAAGGCCAAGCACAAGCAUGGUGCCAUGAAGAUCCUAGAAACUAUGCGAGAGCUUAUGGAGAAUACAGAUGCAGAGAAGUAUGCAUUCCAGGUGAAGUGGAAUGAUCCAGUUUCAUCUCUUACUCAUGAAUUUGUGCUCACAUACUUUACACGAGAUGGAUCUGUUGAAAUGUAUGAUACUAGAAAACACAAGAUAUUUCUGAGGCGCACCAAAUGCUUGGAUUGCAACCUGCAAGAUUUUCAGUUGAGUGAGAAAGUCACCAUCUUCUCUCGCCAGUUGGAGAUAACUGACUAUGCUGAUGAUUUCACAAGAGUCCGACUCAGCUUGCUCAAUGAACGGACUUUUGCCAUGAUAAAACCAGAUGCAAUUGAUCAAUGUGGGGCAAUCAUGAAUGACAUCUCUGCAAGGGGCCUGAGGAUAUCCAAGGCCAGGAUGAUACAACUGACUGUCCCUGCGGCAAAAGAGUUUUACAUUGAGCAUGCCCAGCAAGACUUCUACAAGGAUCUGAUUGCAUAUGUGACUGAAGGGAGAGUUUUAGCCUUGGAAUUGACUGGAGAAGCAGCUGUGCACAAAUGGAGAGAGAUAUUAGGACCAACUGACCCUGAGAAGGCAAAAAUUGAAGCCCCAAAUUCCAUACGAGCAAAAUAUGGGAAGGAUAAAACCAGGAAUGCUGCUCAUGGAUCUGAUUCCAUGCAUUCAGCCAAGAGAGAGUUGUCCCUACUCUUCCCUGAAAAGCUCUCAUCCCUCCCUUGGCAAAUGAGAACAUCUGCUGUUCUACAAAACACCACUUGCUGUGUUAUAUUACCUCAUGCAGUGCAUGGUGGAAAUGCAGGAGCCAUCAUCAUGGACAUUCAAGAGAUGGGUUUUAAUGUCACUGCUCUGGAAAUGCGGACACUAUCAAAACGAGAAGUUGAAGAAUUUCUGGAAGUGUACAAAGGUGUGGUUCCUGAAUAUUAUCAGAUGGUGAGUCAUAUGUGCUCUGGACCACUGAUUGCUCUUGAAGUGGGGGUUACUGGCUCCAGUGGAAUAACUGAUUUGGUAAGCCAGUUGAGAGAUCUUGCUGGACCACGUGACCCUGAGGUGGGCAAAAAAAUACGGCCUCACACAUUGAGGGCUAAGUAUGGACUCACUAAGGUGGAAAAGGGUGUGCAUUGUACAGAUCUUCCAGAGGAUGCAGCUUUGGAGGUGGAGUAUUUCUUCAGUGUGCUCUUGCAAUGA